AUGCGCCCUCAAAAGCAAUACUUUCCCAGCUUCCUGCUCCUCGCUAGGGAUGGGCCAGCCUGUAGGAGCGCACAUGCAGCACUGCAGGGAACACAUAUCUCUGCGACCAGUCUGCUGAACGCGCCUCGCAUACGGACGCGGCGCAAUUUCCACAUUGGCCAGCAAUACGACAGAAAGUCCCUGGCUGCGCGUGUGCUUGCCAUUACAAUGCAAAACGCCUGGCCUACCCUCGUCUACAGGGAUCGUCAGGACAAGCCAAUCCCUCCGACUCCCUUCACUGACCCGCACCAACGAAAAACGGUAUACCGAAUCAGGGAAACUCGGUCGUCAGCUCUCAAUUUCUGGAGCAGAUGUUUCGAACUGACGGCAAAAUCUACGUACCAAUUGACACCACCUCCUGCAGGCGGUUGCAUCUCCCCAGGCGGCUUCGCCAGCAUUGGAAUGAAUUAG